AUGGAGGCCGCAGACUGUGCUUUCCCCGUGUCCAGUGGAGGCUCAGAGGCGCCAGCAACCCAGCUCUUCACGGUCACCGCCUACCAGGACACGGACUACAGCACCCUCAUCCAGGAGCAGUGCCUGGCCCGCUUCAAGGAGAACAUGGAGGCCGUGGGGAGGACGCUGUGGUGCGACUGGGGGAAGACCAUCGGGAGCUACGGGGACCUCACCGACUGCACCAGGAGCGUGGCGGACAAGCUGGGACGCUUCUGGCCCAACGCAGAAGUGGACAAGUUCUUCAUCGCCAUCCACCAGCGCUACUUCAGCAGCUGUCCCGUCUCGGGCAGGAUUGUCCGGGACCCCCCCAACACCAUCCUCUGCCCCUUCAUCGUGGUCCCUAUCACGGUGACCCUGCUCAUGACCAUGCUGGUGGUCUGGAGGAGCAAGCGCACCGAGAGCAUUGUGUAGGCGGCCCGGGCGGCCUGCCAGCCUGGCU